UACAGAGAAACAGCUCUCAGUCUGAACAGCUCAAAGACAGAGGAGCUUCUUUUCAGGUCAGGUGAAAGACCAACAAUACUGUUGCAAAGGAUUUUAGUGUGUUACCAUGACCCUUAUAAAAGCCUUGUUGUAUUUGGGAGCAUAUGUGACUACUUGGAGCAUAACCACAGGUGGCGGUUCUGUCCCCACAGCACAGAAUGUUCGUUGGAAAUCCCUGGACUUUAAAACCAUUCUGACCUGGACUGUCGAAAAGUCUGAGUAUACAUACACUGUCCAGUACUUUGACGGAGAAAAUGGAGACUGGAUAACGGCUCAGGACUGCAUCGAUAUAUCAGAAGUUGAAUGUGACUUGACUAAGGAACUCAUGCCACUGGACAGGAACUAUGAAGCUGAUAUAAAAACAGAAUCUGAUCAAUCUGAUUAUGGCAUGGACUACGACUUCCCUCACACUUAUUCCCCAAAGUUCAACCCCUACAGAGAGAGUAACAUCAGUGUUUUGGAAUUUUCUCUGAUGGAUGUUAAUGAGAGCACAGUCAUUCUCAACAUCACACAUCCACUGACCUCCAUCAUUAAGCGACAGAAGCAGCAGACCCUCAAAGACAUUCUCCAAACUGAUCUCAAGUAUAAGAUCAGCUACUACAAGUCUGGAAGCACAGGAAAGAGAGAAAAGAUUUUCGACUCCAGCACACCAGAGAUGUCCGGACUGGAUCCUGGACAGAGCUACUGCUUCAUGGUGGCAGCUUUCAUUCCCUCCCGACCUAAAGCCACCCAGCAUGGAGCCUGGAGCGCACCGCAGUGUAGACAAGGAGACACACAUGUGCUGCAAGAUUUGAGCCUUGGAGCUUGGGUUGGUAUCAUCUUCAUCUUAAUAACAGUCCUCAUCAUCUUCAUCACCACAACUGUCCUCUGUUGCAGAAGAAACCAGAGAAGACACAAAAGCCUGCAAACAUCUCAGUCAUUGGUACUGAGAUAAAGGUGCAUACUGUGUUGUAUUUAUCAUUUAAGGUAAUGGUGAAAUACAAGAGUGCACGUCAGAAGUGAUCAUUUAGGUUUAGGUCCGUACUGUUUUAAACAGCCAUGAUAAAUUGGAUGUAGUGCUUAAAUGUUGGUUUUUAUAAUGCACAAAGCCUUUCUGUAUAGAAAACGUUUUAUGUUGUUUAUGCACUAUGUUCUUUAUUUUUGUAUUACUUCAAGUGUAUUAAUACUGCUAUUUGGUUUUUAUGUUUUAUUGUUAAAUAAAACAAGAAAAAAAUG